AUUAUUCGUUUUAACAGCAAAAUUCGGGAUUUCCCAGCAGACCUCGUGGCAGCUAGCUAGUAUAGAGUCAAGAUGGGGAAGAAGAUAGCAAUCAAGAAUUCUUCCAGUAGCGACAACCCAGAUAGAGUUGCAAAAGGUGUGUACCAUGCUCGUGACAAGUCCACUAUCAAGAGGUUACGGAUGUACAAGGAUGGGGGCAAGGUUGUGAGGAAUAGAUAUGGAAAGGUGCUCAAGCCUGCCCCCUUCCAAUCAAGUGCCAAAUCUGGAGAAGUUUCAAGAAUUGAGCCAAACAAAAAAUGGUUUGGCAACACUCGAGUGAUAAGUCAGUCGGCUUUGCAGACGUUUCAGGAGGAGAUGGGUAAAGUCAUGAAGGACCCCUACAAGGUGAUUAUGAGACAGAGUGGAUUGCCAGUGUCCUUACUACAGGAGACGUCCAAGCACACUAGAGUGCAUCUCCUCGACACAGAAAGCUUUUCAUCAACUUUUGGACCCAAACGUCAACGCAAGAGACCCAGCAUAAAAGCCACUGACAUAAAGAGCCUGGUCGAGUCAGCUACAGCUUCUGUUGAGUCGUAUGAGGCUGACAAAGAUAGUGACAUAGUCAGGGAAGGACCUGACUUCAAGAGUGAAAUGAGAGAGUGUAUCUUCAACAAGGGACAGUCGAAGAGGAUCUGGAAUGAACUGUACAAGGUUGUCGACUCAUCGGAUGUUGUGAUUCAAGUGCUAGAUGCUCGUGACCCCCUGGGUACUCGCUCCAAACACAUUGAGUCCUACCUGAGGAAGGAGAAGUCUCACAAACACGUCAUCCUCCUGCUCAACAAGUGUGACCUUGUACCCACCUGGGUCACGACUCGUUGGAUCUCGGUAUUGUCCUCUGACUACCCGACUCUUGCAUUUCAUGCCAGUCUCACCAACUCGUUUGGUAAAGGGUCUCUUAUCCACCUCCUGAGACAGUUUGCCAAGCUCCAUAAAGAUAAGAAGCAGAUCAGCGUUGGUUUCAUUGGUUACCCCAACGUGGGCAAGAGCUCCAUUAUCAACACUCUACGCUCCAAGAAAGUCUGCAAAGUAGCGCCCAUCGCUGGGGAAACCAAGGUGUGGCAGUACAUCACUCUGAUGCGACGUAUUUUCCUGAUAGAUUGUCCGGGGGUAGUCUACCCAGCUGGAGACACAGACACCGAAAUUGUGCUCAAGGGUGUGGUUCGUGUGGAGAACAUCAAAGAUCCGUAUCAGCACAUCCCUGCAGUCCUGGAGAGGGUAAAACCUGACUACCUGGUCAAGACCUAUCAGGUGACCUCGUGGAGUACCGUCGAAGAUUUCCUCGAUCAAAUGGCCAAACGAAUGGGGCGACUAUUGAAGGGAGGAGAGCCGGACGUUAACUCAGUGGCCAAGAUCAUUCUCAACGACUUUCAGAGAGGAAGACUCCCGUAUUUUGUGAAGCCCCCAGGCAUGGAAGAUGCCAGCAGCACGAAAUCUGCUAGUGCAGAGGCUAAAAGUGCUCCUACAGAAGAAAUUUUACCUGCCGAUGUUUCCAUGACUACUAACGAUGCCGUUGAUUUGACAGUAGAUGAUCAAGACUCGCUUCCCAAUGAACCUAUGAACGAUAUCUCAAUGGAAGAGACCGAUAGUGAAUUUGAUGAUACCAAAUCAAUUGAAAUGACCUCUGUACAUUGUAAAAACAAGGCAAUCGAGCAACCAAAUUUGAAUGACAAAGAAGCUGAAGGAGAUAAUGUAGCAGAGAUGUUAGGAAACUCACUAGACGAUGAAUUGAUGCAACCUCCAUUGUCUUUUGAAUCCAAUGAAUCACUCGUAGAUGAAACAGAGGGAGCAGAUGCAACCCUGAAUUUAAUUACAACGACUGCUGUCUUAGUAACUCAAGCCCAACACAUUUCCCCUGUUGAAGCAAGUGGACCAGUCCUCCAGCAAGCUUCCAUUACUAACGAUUCACUAGGCGGCCCCAUCUCCCCAAUCUAUUCUACACUCACUAAGAGCCCUGCUGUCGACACUGUUAGCCCUGGUGAUGAUUCUAUGAGUGAAUCUGAUGCAGGUGAAGAGAUUUCCUAUCCCAACGUGUCCCAAGACUUGAGCUCUCUGGAGCUGACCUCAAAGUUUGAUCAGGAAGACCUUAUUGAGAGCUACACUCGCCUAUCAAGCAAGAAAAAAUCUUCCAGUACGGCUGUUAAAUUCGAUGACGUAGCACAAGAUUCAUUCUACCCUCACUCCAAACUAGGGAAAUUGUUGAGAGACAUUCCAAGUCCCCCAACGCGAGGGGGGUGGUCAUCGCAGGGGGUCCUACCUACGUCCUUACCUGGCACUGAUUUGAACCUUCUCAUGAACAAUGGAGUAUCUGGCACCCCUCGAGUGUUUGCAUGUGGUGAGGUCGUGACCCCGACAAUCCUUCGACCCUCGGCUGUCAAGACAGGCGAUAUUUUGGACGUAGCCGAAAUGGAAACGACAAGGGGAGAAGACGAUAUAUCGAGCAAACUUGGUGGUGAUAGUCAUUUAGAGGUUGAUUUGGAUGAGGAAGAUAGUGGAUCGGAUUUUGGUCACCAAGCGGCACCAUCGAGUAGUGAAAAUUACAGCAGAGUAUUACCUGCACGUACAGAGCCCAGUAAACAGCAAGUGGAAGUUGUUAUUCCCAAUCUACCCAUUGAAACGGUACCUUCAACUAAAAGAGCACUCCGUUCAAAAUUGUCGAAGUUUCGAAAACCCUCAAAGACACGCAAAGUUGCACAGUCUGAGGUAACCGAUUACUCCCCAAUUGUGGUUGAUCUUCGACCUUCGAGCCUGCCUAAGAGUAAAAAGAGGAAUGUGUCAGUUGAACAAGAAGGCGGUCCGUCAGCAAAGAAAAUAAAACGUCACUCAAUGGGAGGAGAGUCAUCAGCUGCUGUUGAGAUUGAUCUAUCUAUUUCUGGAGCACAGAAGAAGGACAAAGGUUUACAUGCAGACAAAGGAAGAAAGAGAACUUUAGCAACAGAACAGGUGUUGAAUAAGAAAUCUUUCAAGACACAGAAAAAAAGGAAAAGUGUAUAAACAUAAUAACUGUACUGAUAUAAAAUUAUAGAACUGACCUAAUCAAAAUUAAUAUCAAUCUAUUGUCACUGCACAAAAAAAUAUUAUUGCAAUGAA